UUGUAAUCAAAUUCGUCACAAAAACUCUGUACUCUCUGUCUACGUAUUCUCUCUCCUAUCCAUCUCCUUGUUUCAUUUCCAGAAAAUAUUUUUUUUCAAUAACAUUUUAUCAAUUGAUGUAAGAGAAUAAAUAUAGUUCUUCCUUUCAAAUAAAUAAAUAAAUAUGGAGAUUACCCAAUUCUGAAAACUGUUCUUUUGCCAUUGAUCUUUGGCAUCAUCAAGAUUGAGUCUUUGAUUCAUCUGAGUUGUGAUUUCUUAAACAAUAACUUCCUUUUUUAGUGUAUUUUGGCGAUUGAUUUAAUGGCUGCUGGCGCGGAGGUGUCUGGUGAGGCAGCAGUGGUUAAGGCUACUGCUACAGACAAUUAUGCCGAUUCCGGCAAAAUUUCCGAUGCCGGGUCUGAUCUCAGCACUAAUGCGAAAUCAGAAUCCAUGUUGGACGGUGAUAAGGGGUCCGAUUCUGAUCCGAAUUCGAUCCUGAACUCGAAAUCAGAGUAUCAAAUGCAGGAUCUUGUUGAUAUGUUGAAGACUUUGAAGUUGAAUCCAUUGGCGAAGGAGUUCUUUCCUUCUUCCUAUCAUCGUGAUCAAAUUGGAGCCAAUAAUUUCGUGGGAGCUCAUAAGGGUUUGGGGGGGCCUGACAGUGUCCGGAAUUAUCGAAAGAGAGGAAACAACUACAACCAGGGUAGAAGGAGAACAAGCAAUAGGCUUUUCAGAGCUCAAAGAGAAGAUACUGUCAGGAGAACAGUCUAUGUUUCUGACAUUGAUCAAAAUAUCACUGAAGAGAGUCUUGCUGCCUUAUUUAGUGCCUAUGGACAAGUUGUUGAUUGCCGUGUUUGUGGUGAUCCUCACUCCCGUCUUCGCUUUGCUUUUGUGGAGUUUGCUGAUGAAUACUCUGCUAGAGCAGCUCUUUGCCUCUCUGGCACAAUAUUAGGUUUCUCUCAACUGAAGGUCCUGCCUUCAAAAACUGCCAUCCUGCCUGUGAAUCCUACAUUCCUUCCCAGGUCAGAGGAUGAACGUGAGAUGUGUUCUAGGACAGUUUACUGCACAAAUAUUGAUAAAAAGGUUUCCCAAACUGAUGUUAAAGAAUUCUUUGAAACAAGAUGUGGCGAGGUUUCCCGCCUGAGGCUUUUGGGGGAUCAAGUUCACUCAACCCGAAUUGCUUUUGUUGAAUUUGUUGUGGCUGAGAGCGCAAUUUUGGCGCUGGACUGUUCUGGUGAAAUGUUGGGGUCUCAACACAUCAGGGUGAGUCCUUCAAAGACGCCGGUGAGGCCACAAGUCUCGCGCACUGAUAAGCAUUAGCCAUCCUCCGGUACAGUGACGCCCAAGCUAAGGCCUCGAAGCCUUGAUGGAAGCCGACGACAUAAGUUGCUGGAGACUGAAGGGAUGGUGAAACAAAGUAGUCUUGGUUUCAGUAUAUUUCCAUCCAUGUUGUUUUAAUGUUUUGUUUUUUCCCUGGCAAGAGAAAUUAUUUAUUCUGUUGAAACCUGAGUGUUGACCUUUGAGAAAACAAUUUAAAUGUGGAAAUGUUGACUUAGAAGUUGCGUUAA